GUUGUAACCGCUUUGGCAUAUUUACAGAAUGUUUUAAAUCUUGCCUUCCUUUAUUUUAAUCUGCUGACAUGGGCAUUGAGACAGCUCCUUAUACUGUUACCAAUUCUUGGAAUGAAGAGAAUAUUGAGUUACGUCACUAUGAUUCGCUGCAAUGGGUUUGUACUGUGAGUAGUUGUAAUUCAAUGGACAAGGCAAAAAACGAAUGCUUUUGGAAACUGUUCAAGUAUAUUGGUGGAAAAAAUGCUGAAAAUGUUAAAGUGCCUAUGACUGCUCCAGUUACUAUCGAAAGCAUGCCAGAUAGUGAGUCUGUCAUGAAAAGGCGCUUUGUAAUGGGUUUCUACGUUCCUGAGGCCUUCAAGUCAAAUCCACCCAGUCCUACUGACAACGAAGUGUUUAUUGAGAGGAGACCGUCAAUGAACGUCUACUGUCUUACCUAUUCUGGAUUUUCAGACAAUGAUAAAGUGUUAAAAAAUGCUCGUAAAUUAGGCGAUACAUUAGAUCGACUUGGUUUAAAGUAUACACCAGAUCCAUUCUAUUUUGCUGGUUAUGAUUCACCAUUUAAACUCAUUAAUCGUCGUAAUGAAAUAUGGUUUAAAGCUGAUUGAAUCCACACACACACACACACACAUGCACACACCUACCUACAAAUUCUGUCUCGCUUUCUCGUCGUCUGUUUGAGUGCAUACAUUAGUCACUUCAUUGAAUUGAAUUAUAUAUUUCUUUAUUGUAUUCUUUUUUUUUUUACUUAUUUCCGAACUUUAGCUCUCAGGGAAAUAUUAGUUUUUUUUAAUGAUAUUAUUAUAUUUUAUAUUUUUUUUUGUUAAACCUUUUGGUAAAGUCAGAAUAAAGUACUCGAAAAUAGUAAUAAUUAAUAAUAAUAAUAAUAUAUCUCAUGAUCUCUUCACACUUAUAUCAUAUGAAUACAAUGACUGAAUUUUAUUUUACUUUUUUCUUGAAUGAAAUAUCCUAUCAAAUGAUUUUUAUUAUUAUUAUUAUUAUAUACAUACGUUCGCUAUAAUAUUGUGUCAUUUGAUUUGUAGUCCCUUUUAUCACAUGAAUAACACACU